AUGCCUGGCUUACUUCUAUCCAAUGAACCUCCCAAGAAGUUUUGGAAAUCAUUUUCAACCAACAAACAAAUACCAACAGCCAACGACAAACACAAGUCUAAUAAAACAUCGUCGUCUUUAAAGAAUUUGUUCAGCCGCCGCUCACAGUCUCCCUCUAUAGCACAUCCACCAACACAAUAUCAACAGCAACAGCAGCAGACACAACAAACAAAACAGACGCAACAGCAACAGCAACAACCACAGCCACAGCCACAACCACAACAACCAUCUCUACCUCCAUCAUCACAACCUCGCAAUGUCAAUAAAAAGGCUUCAAUCUUGUCCUUCAUCAACAGAUCGACACCUUUACCAUCACAACAUGAACCAACCUUACCGUCAAAGAACGCUUCGAUAUUUUCUAGUCUCAAGAAAGUCUCGAGGUUUCGUCCAAAAACAGCACUUGGCCAACAACAACCUCAACCUCAACCUCACACACCUCCAUCUUGUACGCUGCCACACCUACCAAAGACAGAUUCAUACAUUUCUAAACCAGCAUCUACUCUCCCAGCAAUCCCCCUCCCUGAAAUUGUCAGUCCUGCAGGAACCAGCUUAAUGGAUCUACCGGCUCUUGAUCGAAUGGAUUUCUCAAUCGAAAGUUGGCAAACAUCUCUUAUUCGCGCCAUAAAUGCCUCCACAGGGCACCAAGACGACUAUGACUAUAGCAACCCCCCUACUCCUCAAACUCAAACUCAAACUCAAACCCAAGUUCCACAUCUACCAGCCACUCGCCCCUAUACAGCCACUCCAACCUCCUCAGUCUCCACUGCAUCAGGUCCACGAAAGAGACGUGCACACAACCCACCCACAGUGUCACCACAGGAAUAUAACCCUGACUAUAGUUUUAAAUCUGGUUUUAACUCUGUAUCUACAUUUCCACCUGUACCUGCGCCUGCACCUUCAUCUACAUACGCUUUUAACUCUGAUUUUGGCUCAGGCUCUGGUCCUGGUCCUGGCACUGGUCCUGGCACUGGUCCUGGUUCUGGCUCCAUCUACAAGCCUGAUUCUGGGAAAACAAGUCCGAUUGUAUUUACCAAACAGUUAGUGCCAGUAAAAGACAAAUCACAAGAAGGUAGCUCGCUCUUGUCUGCUCAAUUAAGGAGCGCGCAAGCCCAAUCAGGCGGAGGAAUUGGGUUAAAAAUGACCACAAAGGCAAAAUUAGAGGCCGCUGCUGCUCGGCGCAAGAUGAUCAAGUCUAAUUAUAUGCAAGAGCAGGCAGAUGCAGCCUUGUGGGAGACUAUUCAACUUAAGAAUGGUCACGGUGAUUGGAAACUAGCGGGCACAAUAUUAUCCGACCAUAAUCGGCAACAACAUCAACCCUUCAAAAGGGAGCACUUUUGGGGAAUAGCCGGACCAAUACACAAUGAAUCAAAUCACAGCACAAAUGAUAUACCUAUCUGGUGA